AUGAGAUUUGUGCAUAAAUGCGCAAUGUAUGCCAGCAAUGGUCUGAGGAAUCAGCUUGUCAGAAUCGAUCCCUCGACGAAAGACAUCAAGAUCUUCCAGCCGCCGCCGUUCAACGAUCUGUAUACGGCGAAAGAUGGGAUUUGGCUUACACAGACGGGAAAUGUGUUCUCAUUCGUCUCCUUCGCGACGGAGAGCUUCACCAACUAUCCCAUCCCAACGCCACUUUCGCUGCCGCUAGGUUUGUUUGUCGCAUCAGACGGUGUUGUGUACAUCGCCGAGCUGCUGGCGAACAAGAUCUUGACAUACGGCCCAAAGACCGAUGUGACGAGCGAGUGUGAUCUGCCAGAGCCUCUCCAGAUGCCGACUGUCAUUCGUGCCGAGAAGGACGGAUUUGUGUACUUUGCGCUCUUCACUGGGAACGGCAUCGGUCGGAUCAACAUGAAGACGCACAAGAUCGAGAUCUUCCAUACCAAUCAGUUGCUGGGAAUUGGAGCUGAUGACGCCAUCGACAAGUAUGGUGGUGUGUGGUACAGCUUCUUCAACGUCGAUCGACUGGCACGUCUCGACACCGAUACGCUGAAGUUCAGCUACGUUGACUUCCCCAACACUGGUGCUUCAAUCGGCUUGCCAGGAACGUUGAGCCCGCUGCCGCCGUAUGUUGACGUUGCUGUCAACUAUGGGCCAGGAGAUGCCAUCUACUUUACCGACAUCUCAGGCAAUAGAGUGGGCAGGUAUUCGCUGAGUGGGUUGUACUAG